UACAAAUAUAGUCAAGUCAAGUCAAGAUGUCUCCAGAGGCUCCAGACACCCCACCUCGUCCUAAAAGAGGAAACACAGGUCUCCCGGAGGUGUGUCAGAGAGCAUGCUGCAGGAACCUCCACAAACGUAAUAUAACAUCCCAGAGGAGCCAGGCAUCUGUUGCACAGUUCCUCAUACCUGAAACAUCCCCUGAGCUUGAUAUGAUCCUAAAUCCGCCAGGAUAAGGGAUCGUUUACUUGGUCUGCGCUCAGAGUCGGCUUGGAUCUGCCAGGAUCAAGGAUUGUGGUCGACCCAGCAACGGGGGAGAGCGAGCGCAGUGGGAUCCUUUAUUUUCCAGUGCAACAUACGCCAACACGAUGGAGAAAUACCUAAAACGGAAAAAUGAAGACGACAACCCCACCAAAAGUAAAUUCAUGCGCAAGUACAAUCCGGACUUCAAGUACGGCUUCGUAAACGGAGGUAGCGCGGCGGUGCCGAGAGCCCAGUGUGUGGAGUGUGGAUUAACUCUAUCCAACGAAGCACUGAAGCCCUCAAAACUACAGCGGCAUCUAGAGGACCAAGCAUCCGACGCUUGUGGGAAAGCCGGUGGAAUUUUUCAAGAGAAGAGAAGAUGAGUUGCAGAUGCAGAAAAAAUCUAUCGUGUCACUGACUGGUACCUCUAAAUGUGCAUUGAAAGCUAGCUACCUCGUUGCCAGACGUGUGGCACAGAGGAAGAAAGCUUUCACCAUAGCAGAGGAGUUGGUUCUGCCUGCUGCUGUUGAUAUGUGCCGUGAGAUGAUCGGAGAGGCCGCUGCAAAAAAAUUGCUGACCAUCCCACUCUCAAACGACACUGUGAGUCACCGUAUCGUGGACAUGGCCUCAGACAUACAGCAACAACUCAUCGAAAGAGUAAAAAGUAGCCCAUUUUUUUCUUUGCAACUUGACGAGUCCACUGAUGUCACAAAUGCUGCACUGCUGCUGGUUUUUGUUCGCUAUCGCUGGGACAGUAGUUUGCACGAAGACAUACUGUUUUGUCGAGAGCUACCAACACGGACUACGGCUCAGGAAUGCUUCCGCUGCAUGGAUAACUUUUUCAGUGAGAACGGCAUGGACUGGCAGAAUUGUGUCCGGGUGUGCAGUGACGGUGCAGCAUCAAUGACUGGCAAGCAUCACGCCGUCAUCAGACAGAUUCUGGAUCGUGCACAAGAAGCUAAAUGGACACACUGUUUUCUCCACCGUGAAAGCCUCGCAGCAAAAAAGAUGUCACCAGAGUUCCACGAGGUGAUGGAUGUAAGUGUGAAAACCAUCAACUUCAUUAAAAACAAUGCUGUGAACUCCAGAUGUUUUGCUAAACUGUGUGAGGAAAUGGAAGCAGAUCACAUCCAGCUGCUCUAUCACAGUGAAGUGAGAUGGCUCUCAAGAGGACUGGUCCUCAACCGGCUGUUUGAACUGAGGAAUGAGGUGUUCUCAUUUCUCACUGAGAAAAAGUAUCAUCUUGCACAUCACUUUGCAAACACAAAGUUCACAGCUAAACUUGCCUACCUCAGUGACAUUUUUUCCCUACUGAACCAGCUGAACAUCUCCCUUCAAGGAAGAACCAGCAACAUUUUUGUCGUUCCAGACAAAGUUCAAGCGUUCAAGAGGAAACUUGCUUUGUGGACCAAGAUGACCCAGGAAAAGAGAAUGGACAUGUUUCCACUUUUGUCGGUCAUUUUGGAAGACUUCCCCCAUGUGAACAUCAGUGACUCAGUCUCUCAGCACCUCUCACAACUGGCAGAGAAAUUUGAAGACUACUUUCCUGAGGAUCCCAGAGAGGGACACAUGUGGAUUUUGGACCCGUUUUCUGUGGAUCUCACUGCAAAUGAUGUUGCUUUGCCCUCACAUCUGGAAUCCCAGCUUCUGGAAGUUUCCACCGACAGCACUUUAAAGUUGCAGUGGGGCAAACUGGACCUGGGCUCCUUCUGGAUUGCUGUCUCCAAGGAGUACCCAUGUCUUGCUGUGAAACAACUCCUCCCAUUCACAACAACGUACCUGUGUGAGUCAGGAUUCUCCAUCGUGGCCACAACUAAGCCCAAAGCCCGAAACAGACUCAGAGCAACGCUGGAUGCUACUCUGAAAGUGAGCCUUUCCCCCAUUCCACCCAGACUGGACCUGAUUGUGGCCCAAGUGUCUCAUUAGGAGCUGCAGA